GGGAAACACGGUAGUUGAAUGCUAGUGUGUUGUUUCAGUUUUAACUCCUUUUCUCUCGUAGUGUGCUAGAGUAAUUAUUGUUUUGGGCAUCAUUUCGUUCGCCUGACGAAAUGCUUACGACGAGAAUUACCCUGAGAAGGUUCUCUGGUGGGGAAAUCAAAGGUCCAUUCAACUUCAUUGCGGGUUCGCCUUGUUUUCCGCGGGAUCCUGUGGGUUUCAAUGGAGUCACUGAACCUUCUACUGGGGAAUUGCUUGCGGAAGUGGCUUCCAGUGGCCCGGAAACAGUGAACUGGGCCGUGGAGUCUGCAGUGAAGGGAUUUGAAGAUUGGAGGACACGUGAGCCUCGUGAACGUGCGAAAGUGCUGUUGGGUGUGAGUAGGUUGCUCGAGCGGGAUUUGGAGAAGUUGGCAAGGUUGGAGGUGAGGGACUCGGGAAAACCGAUCUGGGAAGCUAGAGUUGACGUGAAGUCUUGCGCAGAUGCGUUUGAAUAUUUUGGCUGUGUUGCGGCGGCUCUUAGAGGCGGCCAUGUGCAGCUUCUAGGCGGAAAUUUCGGGCUUGUGAAGCGUGAACCUUUUGGAGUUGUCGGAGGAAUCGGAGCAUGGAAUUUUCCGAUUCAGAAUUGCUCUUCGAAAGUGGCACCGGCUCUCGCUGCUGGUAAUUCCAUGGUCUUCAAACCUUCCGAAUUCACUCCUAUGACAGCUAUGUCGCUUGGUGAAUUGUUGAAAGAAGCAGGUCUUCCAGACGGGGUUUACAAUGUUGUUCAAGGCGGCGCAGAAACCGGGAAACAAAUUGUAGAACAUCCGCAAGUUUCCAAGGUAUCUUUUACUGGAUCAGUUCCUACUGGGAGUUGGAUCAUGUCGUCGGCUGCCAAGAAAAUCAUUCCAGUGACCUUAGAACUUGGUGGGAAAUCUCCCGUGAUAAUUUUUGAAGAUGCUGAAAUGAAUAAUGCUGUCAAAGCUGCCCUUUUGGCUAAUUUCUUGUCACAAGGAGCUGUGUGCUCCAACGGAACCCGCGUUUAUGUGCACAAGAAUGUGUACGAGGAGUUCGUGGAACGAGUUGUUGAUGCCACAAAAGCUAUGAAAAUCGGGGAUCCUAUGAAUGAAGACACCGUUGUUGGAGCAACCAUAUCUAAACAACAAGCAGAAAAAGUACUGGGUUAUGUCGCGAGAGCCAAGGAAUCCGGUGCUGUGGUGUUAUGCGGUGGUGAUCGAGUUAUUCUUCCACAUCCGCUCGACCAAGGCUUUUACCUUUCCCCGUGUGUUUUAACUAACGUUAAAGACGAUUCUGAAAUCGUAAAACACGAGGUUUUCGGAGCUGUGAUGUGUGUGAUGUCGUUUGAGAGUGAAGACGAGGUUGUGAAUCGUGCCAACGACUCUGACCUGGGAUUGGCUGGUGCAGUGUUUACGAAGGAUCUGGCCCGUGGUCAUCGCAUCGCGGAUAAACUCGAGGUCGGCUCUGUUUGGAUCAACAAUUAUAAUCUGUUUCUCUCGGAAUUGCCUUUUGGGGGAUUCAAGAAAAGCGGUUUUGGCAGGGAAAACGGUGUCGAGGGUUUGGAGUGUUAUACUCAGACGAAAAGCGUUUAUGUGGAGACUGGUGAUGUUGAUUGUGGGCCAUUAAUGACUUCUUGAACCUUGUGGGGAAGCAAUAUUUUGAAAGCGAGAAAACUUGACGCCAGCUGAUAUGUUUUCCGAUUUUGUCUUGUUGGGUAGAAGUCGCUGAUAUGCGAUCUAUAUUUUUUUAGGAUUCUGAAUUGGAAAUUUGGUUACCCGAGAAACGCAGUAAUUUCUUAAUUAACUGUACUGUAAUAUUUUUGUCACUCGCCGAGAGUGGAUUUUUGGUGAUCUGGGUUUUAUUGAAUGUGCAAUUGAACUGAGCUUUUAUCGAACAAAAACAUUUCUGAAUUUGCAUUCUUAUUUUAUGUGGAUCUGAAACAGUCUUGAUAUCUUCCGUAUUUAUGUGAGUACACCAUGCAGCUUUUCUCUCUAAAUUGAGAGUAUAGAAGGAGGUGCGCGUUGUUCAUGUGAAUAUAAAAUUUUUAAAAUAUUUUUAUCGUUCAGGUGUGCAUCAUACAUGAUUCUGAUUCUAAUAUGAAAUGUGGGCCCAAGUUUAACAAAAAAAUGUAUACUGUACCUGAAAAUUAAUUCAAUACAGGUUUGAAUAAUGUCUGAAGUCAUAUUUAGUGAGUUUUAUUUUUCAAAUUUUGUAUUAAGAUUUUUAAAUGUUGGUGAUAUGUUUUACUAUCAACAAUUGGAAUUAAGUCAAGAAAUACUUUUUUGAGACUGGAGUGAGUAGAAUUCUUUUUAUGCUCAAAUCAGACUGACAAAUGAAAAUGAGAGCAACAACAAAUGCUGCCAAGUUCAAUUCAAGUAUCAAUAGUCUAUAUUUCAAAUUCUAGCAUUCCUUCCUUGAAAAAAAAAGUAUGUUUGUGUCGGUAAACCAUGUUGUGCACCUUACACUGGGAAUUACAGUAUAUUAAUUUGUCUCAAAAAUGAAGGUACGCGUCUCACAGAGAGGGUGCAUGGUACUCAAGUAAAUGUGGUAAUACUGUAUUGUCUUGGCUGUAUCAUGAAAGAGAUCUUUGUGGGGCGAUUUUAAAUUGAUUUUUUAUAUUUCCAGAGUUACAAUUUUUGUGAAUCGUGCGUUCAGAGAGUCAGAAUAUGUCGGACCGUUACAACAUUCUUAGCCAGUUGGAGCACUUGCAGUCCAAGUACGUCGGCACUGGCCACAGCGACACUUCCAAGUGGGAGUGGCUGACGAAUCAGCACAGGGACACACUGGCCUCUAUCAUGGGCCAUCCCGACAUGCUGAAUUAUGUAGCUGUUGCGGAGAAUGAGACCAAGGCCAGAGUGCGGUUCAACAUGAUGGAGAAGAUGCUGCAGCCUUGUGGCCCUCCGCCGCAGAAGAGUGACGAUUGAUUUUUUUUUCUCAUUCUGACCUUCUUUUCGUGUGUUGUGGG